AUGGGUUUCCUUUCAACGCUUUCACAAAUACUCGGUGUUGGGCGGAGGCAAGUAAACGUGAUCGUUGUUGGAUUGGAUAAUUCUGGAAAGACGACUAUGUUGAACUAUUUGCGAACGCCAGAAACUCGAACUAGCCAGAUUGCACCGACGGUUGGAUAUUCUGUCACCAAUUUCACUACAGAAAGUUUCAGUUUUACAGCUUUCGAUAUGGCUGGACAAGGAAAAUACCGUAAUCUCUGGGAGACGUACUAUCUGAAUGCGCAAGCAGUGAUUUUUGUAGUGGAUAGUGCUGAUCGGUUGCGAGUUGCAGUGGCACGAGAUGAACUGUGGAUGAUUCUCGAUCACAAGGAUAUCACUGGACGACCAAUCCCUAUCCUGGUGCUAGCCAACAAAAUGGACGCUAAAGACGCAAUGGCUGCAGCUGAAAUGUCGACCAGCCUCGGUUGGUUUUCCUUUGAAUAUUCCAAUUUGAUGUUCCCAAAAACAUCAGGAUUUACCUUCGGGCAAGCAGAUGACUGA